AUGUCGUCCGCAACGCGGCAGCAGCAGCAACGCCGUCGACUGAUACUCGAUUUCGACAGCACGAUCACAAAGAAGGACACGAUUUCCGUGCUGGCAUCUGCGGCCAUCGCACACCAGCAGAAGCGGCAGAAGCAGCAGCGGCAGCGGCGGCGGCAGCAACAGCAAGAAAAUGAUAGAGAUGGUAUCCUGGAGGACAAGUGGAGGCAAGUCGUGGAGCGCUACAUGAGAGAUCUGCAGUCGUACAAGGAGAGUUCCGGCGUCCCAGAGGAGGAUGAGGAGGGGGUCACCACCACCACCACCACCAUGGCGCUGGAACGUGAAGUAGAGUACCUAUCCGGCAUGUCGUCCGUGGAGGCAGCAUCCCUGGAGAGGGUUCGCGACAGCGGUGUGUUUGCCGGGCUCGGGGCCGAGGCGCUACGGCAGAUGGGACGGGACGCCGUGUCGGCCGGCAGCGUGGUGUUGAGGGAGGGAUUAGACCGCCUCGUCGACCUGGCAACCCGGUCGGGGUGGGAGGUGGCCGUACUGUCGGUGAACUGGUCGGCCUCGUUCAUCCGGGGGGUUCUGGGGGCCCGCGACAUGGCUGUGGUGGCCAACGAGGUGUGCCCCCGCGACGGCGGUAUAGUCUUCCCGGACGGCGACGCGGGAUCGAGACCGCUGACUACGUCGUGGGAUAAGCUGGACGCCAUGAAGAGGUGUCUGCCUGCCCGGUCGGUGACGUACAUGGGUGACUCUACGACGGACCUCGAAUGUCUACUCUACCAGAGGGGUGUUGUCAUGGCCGACAGCGAGGAGGGGUCGUCGCUCAUCGGUACCCUACGACGUCUGGGGUACACUGUGUUGCAUGUCAGUCAGCAUGGUGGUGGUGGUGAUGGUGGCCAUGUCAUGUACUGGGCUAGCGAUUUUGACCAAGUUGUUGAUAGUGGUCUGUUACCGUCGUGA